AGUGCAUGCGCUGCCCAUACAGCUGCGGGCAGAGCAGGGAGUUGGUGCAGGAUUGAAGUGUGCACCUUCUGUCUGCUCUGGGGGUCACGGCUGUUCGUGUGUCCCAACUCAGCCCUGCUGCCGUUCUGAGCCUCAUUCAGAGCAGGGACUGCAGCACUGCUCCGGUUAUUCUGUUUUCUGACCAGCAGAAAGCCAACAUCUCCUCUCCCAGGCUGACCUCCCUGCUGUGCCAUGCAGUGGGACAGCUUCCAAGGCAGUGCUGUGACCUGUGCUGUGGCAUCUGGGUCAGGACGUGACAGUGGGAACCUGCUGGGCUCUGCUCUCCUCUCAGCCCCGUUUCAGAGGGGAGGAAUGGCAUUAUGCUUCUGUGCCAGGCGUGCACCCAGGGCAGGCACAGCGCUGCUCCUGCAGUCUCCGUGCUGUGGGCUGGUGGGAUCUGUGAGCAGAUGGGACUGGAUGGGAGCGGCAGAUGUUGAUAGGAAGGGGGGAAGAGAGAAAAUGGUUUUGUUGAACCUCGUGGGAGCCCUGGGGUAGGGUCAUGGAAAGCAGUUCAUACAGAUCAGAGGCUGAAAUGUUCCCAGAGUCCAGGCUGCUGCUGAAGCCCAGUAUGGGCCCGUGCUGCUCUCAUGGCUGCUGGAGCCCAACACAGCACUGCCCUGCUGUUGGGCCUGCCAUGGCCCAGCACUGCCCUGCAUGGCUCUCAUACCACCCUGUAUGGUCCAGCACUGUCCUGUAUGGCCCUGCUGCUGGAGCCCAGCACGGUGCUGCCCUGCAUGGCCCUGCCAUGCCUGUGCCAAGCCAAGGGAUGCAACUGCUGCUCUAUUCUCUGUUUCCUGUUUCUGACCUCCCCUCCCCCCUCGGUUUCCUACUCACAGCACCACAUAACCUCAAUGCGACAAACACUGCCGUGCUCUCCUGUGCCCCAUCUCCUCAGUGGGAUGGAGCAGGUUUGGUUUCCAUCGCUGCCCCAGGUCUCCAUCCCCGCAGGUUCCUGUUCAGGGCUUCCUCCUUUCCUCACAGGGGAGCAGGCAGUUCAUCCCUGCACUGCCCUUUACAGAAGAGCUUGCUGGUAAAUUCCAUGUUUUGUUACUGCACUCAGUCUGCACCGUUAGUAAACAGAGGCGAAUGGGUGUGGAGCCAAAAGCUGCUCCCAGAACGCUGUUUGCAGUGUUUAUGGCUACUUAAAGUGCAGACAGACGUAAGGACACGGAUCCUCACUUUCAUCAAUGCUGCCACUGCAGCCACACUGCAGCUCAGUGGGAGCUCAGAGCCCAGGGAGUGCUCUGUGCUGCAGUGAGCAAGAGGUCAAAUUAACACUUCAACGCUGAGGAUUCAGAAAACACACCCAAAUUUGCUCACUCCCAUCCAGAACUGGAAGCUGACGUCAAACACUGCCCUGACAAUGUCGGAUGGGAUCAUGAGCAAAGCCGCCACCAUGGAGAUCCCCAUCAGCAGCAACGGGGAUGCAGGCAGCCUGCCUGAGGAUGAUGGCCUGGAGCAGGACCUGCAGCAAGUGAUGGUAUCGGGGCCCAACCUCAACGAAACCAGCAUUGUGUCUGGUGGCUACGGGGGCACCGCUGAGGGCAUCAUCCCCACCAGCGCCAUCAAAGCCCCUCCAUUUCCAGGCUGUCUUGUCCAACCUCACUCACCCCGAGGACCAUCCAUCUCCCCCAGUGCAUCUGCCGCCAGCAGGAUGGCCAGCCAGGCUGGUGCUUCAGCAGGCUCUGGGCUUCACCAGCCUCAUCCCAGCCCACCGGUCGGAGGGGAGGAGGUUGUCCGCGGUAUCGCUGUGGAGAAGUUUGACAUUGUCAAGAAAUGGGGCAUCAACACAUACAAGUGUACCAAACAGCUGAUCUCAGAGAGGUUUGGCCGGGGCUCCCGCACGGUGGACCUGGAGCUGGAGACACAGAUUGAACUGCUCCGGGAGACAAAGCGCAAGUAUGAGUGUGUGCUGCAGCUUGCACGGGCUCUCACCAACCACUUCUACAGCCUGGUGCAGACACAGCAUGCCCUGGGGGAUGCCUUUGCGGACCUCAGCCAGAAGUCUCCUGAGCUGCAGGAGGAGUUUGGUUACAAUGCAGAAACACAGAAACUGCUUUGCAAGAAUGGUGAAACGCUACUGGGAGCUGUUAACUUCUUUGUCUCCAGUAUCAACACGCUGGUAAAUAAGACCAUGGAGGACACGCUUAUGACAGUUAAGCAGUACGAGACAGCCAGGCUGGAGUAUGAUGCGUACCGCACAGACCUGGAGGAGUUGAGCAUGGGCCCCCGGGAUGCCAGCACCCUGUGCCGGCUGGAUGCAGCCCAGAGCCAGUUCCAGAGCCACAAGGACAAGUACGAAAAGCUGCGUGCUGAUGUGGCCAUCAAGCUCAAGUUCUUGGAGGAGAACAAGAUCAAGGUGAUGCACAAGCAGCUCCUGCUCUUCCACAACGCCAUCUCUGCCUACUUCGCUGGGAACCAGCAGCAGUUGGAGCAGACUCUCAAGCAGUUCAACAUCAAGCUGAAGACCCCUGGUGCUGAGAAGCCCUCCUGGCUGGAGGAGCAGUGAGCCCCCCCAGCCUGCCCCACCUUGUCCCCCAGCCGGGGAAGCCAUGGACCAUAACUGGGACCUCUGACCACUGGCGCAGGGCCAGACCACAAUCACGAGUGGUGAGCUGGGGAUGCAGCCUUGGCCCUGCUGCAGCCGGGGGCACUAAUGGGGCAGGGACCUGGUUAGGGGCAGGUGGAGCUCUGAGUGGGUCACUCCCCCUGCCUGGGGAGGCCGGGGCUCCCCCAGCCUGACAGAGUCCCAUCCUGCCCAGCCCUGUUCUCCCUCCCCAGCGCAGACCCCUUGGUGGGAUGGUGGGUGCCUUCCCAGGACCCCACAGGGCCGGACACUUCCCUCCCCAGGCUGGGCUGCUCCAACCCCACCAGGCACCUUUGUGGGACAGGGUGGGAUGUGCCACAGCCUCCCACCGUCUCCCUACGGUACAGAAGGGUAUGUGGCUCCACAUGUCCCAGCUGCCUUCCCUGCUGCCCUGAGCCAGGCUUUGCAGGGUUGGGCAGGGCAUGCCACCACCCUCUGGCAAAAAAAAAAAAAAAAAAAAAGUUUAUUUUGAAAUGAAGACAAAGCUGCAGAGGGGUGGCAUUGGGACUCACGGGUCCCCUCCCGGACCCUGAGAGGGAUGGACAGGGUCCCAGCCCUGCUGCAGCUGGUACCCAGGGCUCCUGUCUGCUCCUAGCCCCAGGCCUGCCCUGUCCCCUCUGGCUGAUCCCUGGUGCUCCCAGGCAGCUGCUCUUGCACUCCCCCAGCCUGGCUGGUGCCCCUACCCCCACACUACACUCCUCUCAGCAAUGGGACGGUUGUGCCUGGCUGUCUCCCAGGCCGCAGCACCCGUUCCCUGGCCGGGGCUUUGCCAGCUCCCACGGGUGGAUGCAGGAGGGUUUGGCCACAGCCCUUGGGCUGAGAGCUGCUUUCUUGGUGGGGCUGUGCUCCUAACCCACGCUGCCUGGAGGCAGGUGGGCAGCCCCACUCCCUGAGCGCCCACAGGCACCCCGAGGGGUGGUGGGGGCUCAAACCGAGGACCAAAGGGUGGCUGCAUCCCAGGGACGGUGCAUGUGCAUGUCCAUGUGCGGUGUGGCCGUGCCUCUGCGUGCGGCAGCCCUGGGGCUCUGCCUGCUAUCCCGGGGUGGGGAGAGCUCAUCCUGCUCCAGCUGAGUGUUGCUUCUAGCCCUGGCCACGUGCAGCACUUGGGCACUUUCUCCUGAGACAAGACAGUUUGUUUUUCUUGCUAAUUUAAUUCCUGGUAAUUUAAUGUCUGGAUCUGACACCCCCUCCCCCUUUCCUGGUGAAGGUCUGACCCCCUUCUUCCCUUCCCACUUCUGUAAGACUCCGGAAUAAAACAAUAUGGAUCAGAAUAAAACAGUACAGAUCAGAAUAAAAUAGUGUGGAUCAGAA